UUUUUUUUCUUGUAAUAAUCUUUUUUUUUUAAUUAUUCGUUCUUCUUCCGAUAACUUGUUUCUAUCAUCUUCCUUGUUUCGUUUUCUCUCAAUCUUAAAUCCUCCGGUUUAGCAGUCAACGGUCAGCGAUCUCGGCGUUUUCAAAUCGGAAACACAUAGCUCUGAGAGACUAUUUGGUUAUCGAUUUGGGUUGGUCUUCUCUUCAAAUUAUAGUCAACGGUUGAAAACGCGUCAAGGGCUUUUCUCAUUGAUUCGAGAUUCUAUGAAGGAGAGUUGUUCUAGGGUUCGUUUUUAAUCUGCGAGGAAUGAUGAAACCUAGCUUCUUGUGGCUUCUUCUUGUUUUCGAUUUGGUUCUCAGAGUAGCUGGCAACGCCGAAGGUGAUGCUUUGAGUGCACUGAAGAACAGUUUAGCAGACCCUAACAAGGUGCUCCAGAGUUGGGAUGCUACUCUUGUUACUCCCUGUACAUGGUUUCAUGUUACUUGCAAUAGUGAAAAUAGUGUCACACGUGUUGACCUUGGGAAUGCGGAUCUAUCUGGUCAGCUAGUAAUGCAGCUUGGUCAGCUCCCAAACUUGCAGUACUUGGAGCUUUAUAGCAAUAACAUUACUGGGACAAUCCCAGAGCAGCUUGGAAACUUGACGGAAUUGGUGAGCUUGGAUCUUUACUUGAACAAUCUAAGCGGUCCCAUCCCAAAAUCUCUUGGCCGACUACAGAAACUCCGUUUCUUGUAUACAACCCCCACUCUUCUCUUACUACUAUUUUUUUUAAUAAGCAGCCUAACUAUUGUCUUCAGUUUCCUUGAAAAGCUAUUCCUACUUGUUAAUGGUCUUUUGAUAUUGGUGUUUAGGCGUCUUAAUAACAAUAGCUUAUCUGGAGAAAUCCCAAGGUCUUUGACUGCUGUCUUGUCGCUACAAGUUCUGGAUCUCUCAAACAAUCCUCUCACUGGAGAUAUUCCUGUUAAUGGUUCCUUUUCACUUUUCACACCUAUCAGUUUUGCCAACACCAAUUUGACUCCACUUCCUGCAUCUCCGCCGCCUCCCAUCUCUCCUACACCGCCAUCACCUGCAGGGAGUAAUAGAAUCACUGGAGCAAUUGCUGGAGGAGUUGCUGCAGGUGCUGCACUUUUGUUCGCUGUUCCUGCCAUUGCACUUGCUCUCUGGCGUAGGAAAAAGCCACAGGACCAUUUCUUUGAUGUACCAGCCGAAGAGGACCCAGAGGUUCAUUUAGGUCAACUCAAGAGGUUUUCAUUGCGUGAACUACAAGUUGCUUCUGAUAAUUUCAGCAAUAGGAACAUAUUGGGUAGAGGUGGUUUUGGUAAAGUUUAUAAAGGAAGAUUAGCUGAUAGCACUUUAGUGGCGAUUAAAAGACUGAAAGAGGAGCGCACCCAAGGUGGUGAACUGCAGUUCCAGACCGAGGUUGAGAUGAUCAGCAUGGCUGUUCAUAGGAACUUGCUUCGGCUCCGUGGUUUUUGCAUGACUCCAACAGAGAGAUUGCUUGUUUAUCCUUACAUGGCUAAUGGAAGUGUUGCAUCCUGUUUAAGAGACCGUCCAGAGUCUCAGCCAGCACUUGAUUGGCCAAAGAGACAGGGUAUUGCGUUAGGAUCAGCAAGGGGGCUUGCAUAUUUACAUGACCAUUGUGACCCAAAGAUCAUUCAUAGAGAUGUGAAAGCUGCAAAUAUAUUGUUGGACGAAGACUUUGAAGCCGUGGUCGGAGAUUUUGGACUUGCAAAACUCAUGGACUACAAAGACACACAUGUAACAACCGCAGUGCGUGGUACGAUUGGUCAUAUAGCACCUGAGUAUCUUUCCACUGGAAAAUCAUCAGAGAAAACAGAUGUGUUUGGUUAUGGAGUCAUGCUUCUUGAGCUCAUUACUGGACAAAGAGCUUUUGAUCUUGCUCGCCUCGCCAAUGACGAUGAUGUCAUGUUACUAGACUGGGUGAAAGGGUUGUUGAAAGAGAAGAAGUUGGAAGCUCUAGUAGAUGUUGAUCUUCAGGGUAAUUACAUAGACGAAGAAGUGGAGAAGCUAAUACAAGUGGCUUUGCUAUGUACUCAGAGCUCACCAAUGGAAAGACCCAAAAUGUCUGAAGUUGUGAGAAUGCUUGAAGGAGAUGGUUUAGCUGAGAGAUGGGAAGAGUGGCAGAAGGAGGAAAUGUUCAGACAAGAUUUUAAUUACCAAAAUUAUAAUCAACCAAACACUGCUUGGCUCAUCGGUGAUUCCACUUCCCACAUAGAAAACGAUUAUCCUUCGGGUCCAAGAUAAGAUUCGUAACACGAAUGCUUUUUCUCUGUCUUUAUUCUUCUUCUUAUGUAUUUAUUGAGGGUUUAGUUUAUGCUGAUCCAUAUUAUUGAGUUCUUUGAGCGAGUACAUGUAUGAAGAUUCUGGUGGGGUUUGUAAGUUGUAAUGUUUACGUGAAAAGGGACUUGAAUAUUUGAAAGCUAAAAACUGAACAAGUUUAUAA